UCUCCCUAAAAUCCAGUCUACCGCUUUUGUUUCUUCUUUCAGAAAACGAAAAUAAACAUUAAAAAAUCCUUAACUGCUGCGUUAAUUGCUGCUUUCUCACGCUUUUCCUCAAAAUCAGUUCCUCCAGUCCAACUGUGAAGAAAGCGAAAGCUUCUCUUGUUUUGCAAAUCAAAGUAAAGGAGAGUGAUUGUUGAAGUUGUAUGGCUUUGAUCAUCGCAAAUUCUCCUUCAUUUCGUCUUUUUUCCUAAAAAAAAACGAAAUUAUUUGGAAUAUUCAAGUUGAUGAGCUGUGGCCGCCUAAUUUCACAUGUGCUUCUUCUUCUUCCGAUAGCGAAAGAUAGAUGAUCAAUGGUAAUGCUGAGCUUGUGGAAUGAGUUUGGGUGAAUUUUUAUGGAUCUACUUAGGUAUGAUUCCCUAGGCCAGGGAGUUGAUACGCUAUGAGGAAUGAGAAGCAGAUUGGAGUAAGGCUGGGAAAGACGAUGCAGUGUAUUUGCUCCGGGGAGCGGUUACAUGUGUUUGAAAUGGUCACACCUUCUUUACCCGAGGAUAGUUCGGCUAGUGUGCAUUCAUCGCAGCCUGGAGAAGCCGGAAGGAAGCCUGAUACCGGCAACAUCGAAGAAGCUGAGACAUCACUGAGAGAAAGUGGUUCUUUAAACUAUGAGGAAGCCAGAGCAUUGUUAGGGAGGUACGAAUAUCAAAAGGGAAACAUAGAAGCGGCCUUACAUGUGUUUGAAGGGAUUGAUAUAGCUGCAAUAACUCCAAAGAUUAAAAUCACACUUUCAGCAAAUGGAGAAACUAAUCGGAGACGAUCACAGAACUAUGCGGCCUCUCCAAUGUCAAUACAUGCAGUUAGUUUGCUUUUUGAAGCAGUCUUUCUAAAGGCAAAAUCAUUACAAGCACUUGGGAGGUAUAAAGAAUCUGCUCAAUCAUGCUCAGUUAUUCUGGACAUUGUUGAAUCAUCAUUACCAGCUGCCUUGCCUGAAAACUUUGGUGCUGACUGUAAAUUGCAGGAGACUCUAAAUAAGGCCGUCGAGUUGCUUCCUGAAUUGUGGAAACUUGUUGAUUCUCCCCGUGAUGCAGUCUUGUCAUACCGUCGGGCCCUUCUUAAUCACUGGAACCUAGAUGCACAAACUACAGCUAAGAUCCAAAAAGAGUUUGCCGUUUUCCUUUUGUACAGUGGAAUUGAAGCCAUUGCCCCAAACUUGAGGCAUCAAAUGGAGAAUGCAUUUAUACCAAAAAACAAUAUUGAGGAAGCCAUCCUUCUUUUGAUGAUUCUUUUGAGAAAAGUUUCACUGAAGAGGAUUGAGUGGGAUCCUUCAAUUUUAGAUCACCUUUCAUAUGCAUUAUCCAUGUCUGGUGGACUAGAGGCUUUAGCUAAUCAAAUCGAAGAACUCCUUCCUGGAGUUAUAGACCGAAAGGAACGGUAUCAUAUUUUAGCUCUCUGUUAUCAUGGAAAAGGUGAUGACAUGGGGGCCUUGAAUUUAUGGAAGAAAGUGUUGAAAACUCAAGUGGAUUCAACCUAUUUGUCUGUUUUGUUAUUCAUUUCAAAGAUAUGUGGGGGAAAACCUAAGUCUGCUGGUGAAGGGAUUAAUUUUUCUCAGAUUGCAAUUGACAACUUACAUAGUGGAUGCGAUCAGUUGAUGGGUGUUGCCGAAUGCAUGUUGGGCAUCUCACUAUCAACAUAUUCUAGGUCUGUUGCAACUGACACUGAGAGAGUUCAAAAGCAGUCUAAGGCACUUGAAUCCCUGGAAAUAGCUGGAAGAUUUACAAAAUUGAAGGACCCUUUCAUUAUCUACCAUUUAUCACUAGAAUAUGCUGAACAGAGAAAGCUGGAUGCAGCAUUACAUCAUGCAAAAAACUUGCUUAAAUUGGAAAGCGGGUCUAAUAUUAGAGGAUGGAUCUUGUUGGCUCGAAUAUUAUCUGCUCAAAAAUCUUUUUCCAAUGCUGAAACUAUCAUUAAUGCGGCUUUAGACCAGACUGGAAUAUGGGAUCAGGGAGAACUGUUGAGAAGUAAAGCUAAGCUCCAGCUUGCUCAGGGUCUAGUGAAGGAGGCAAUUGAAACUUCUUCUCAGUUGCUUGCUGUCCUUCAGGUUCAACUUAAAAGUGUUGGUUUAGGGAAGAAGCUUAAGGAGAACCACAACCAUAUCAAGAACUUAGAGCUGGAUACGUGGCUUGGUUUGGCUUCCAUCUACAUUAAAUUGUCUCGGUGGCAUGAUGCUGAGCUCUGUCUUUCAAAAUCUGAAACCAUUACUGCCUUUUCUGCCUCUAGAUGGCAUGCCACUGGAUUGCUUCAAGAAGCGAAGGGUGACGAGAAAGAGGCACUGAAGGCAUACUCUCUCGCCCUGGAAAUCGACCCAACUCAUGUCCCAAGUCUAGUCUCCAAGGCUAAGGUUCUGAGUGGUAGCAGUUGCAGGUCCCAGGCUAUCAUAAGAAGCUUUCUGACGGAAGCUCUACGACUCGAUCACACAAAUGCCUCAGCCUGGCAUCAGCUGGGCCUCCUUCACAAGGAUGGAGAAGAUAGUUUAUCAGCUUUGGAAGCUGCUGAAUGUUUCGAAGCUGCUGCUGUCCUCCAAGAGACCGAACCUGUUGAGCCGUUCAGAUGACUCCGUUCCCUAUCUGUGAGCAGCAUUUGUAUACUGUUUGUCUGUGCCAUUUAGAGGAGAAAAAGGUAGUACGAGAUUUUGGGUCUUCAUAGUUUUCCAUUUUCUGCAAAUGUGGGCAAUGAGAAAUCCACUUUUGUUUGAUCAUGUCGAUUGAGGUUUUAUUUGUUUGUCUUCAUUUUUAAUGAAUUUUGUUUGUGAUUCUUGCGUA